GGAGCUUGCUUGAUCCACGACAUAGUUUCUGAUAUUUCAACUUUGUUGAUUAAAUUAAAUAUUUAAAUAAUUAAUUCAAAUGACGGCGGAAAUGUUUCUACUGGCAGUUCAAUUUUAACAUCGAAAAAAAAAACGAGGUUAAUUCGAGAUGUAUUACACGAAAAUGUCCUGGUUCUGCCAACAACUAUUCAAACUCCAUUUUUUUUGGAAGAAUUGAAAGAUCAGUUUAUUUUCGCGAUACCAUUUGCUGCUAGUGCGGCAGGGAUCCACACCUUUCAAGACUACGUAUAUAUUUCUCACCGACAAAUUGGUCGUCAACAUCUUGCGCUUGCGUACAGGAACGACUGCCGUACACACGUCGCGUUUAUUUCUAUUCUUGGCCGGUGCGUGGGGUGGCAAUCUGUCCUCAAAAUAGCAUCGCAGCCGCUGUUAUAAUAAAGGCGAUACCUGCUCUAUUUUUAGUGCUGAUUUUACGGUCGUUUUCUUCUGCUGUUUUGAGGGCCUGAAUUAAAAGAAUUUGCUGAAAGCUAAUUUACCGAGCAAUACGUCUGUGCUUAUGCUAAGCUCACAAAAAUUAAUGAAAAUAGAUAUAAAAAAAAUUUUGUUACAAGUUAAGCCCGAAAGCGCAUAGGAUCACAUCCGUAAGUGUACAUCAAAAACAGAACCUAAGACUAAUCUUCGAACAAGUUUGAGGCGUUCGAGUUUCUUUCCUCGUAAGUUCUUGAACGUUCUCCACCAGUCAUUCUGAAGUGCAGGCGAGAAUAUUCGCCGCUGGUCUGCACGUGCCAAAAAAUUGCUCAGUUACAUUCAAGCCGGCAACGUGUGCGUACGGGAGACAAGCUUCAAUUUUCAAGAGGCCGUUCCAUGCAGAAAUGGUGUCGCUGACGCUGGCGUGCGAGGCAGACGUGGAGAGUCGCCACGGGGCUGACAUGGAGAGCGUCGUGCUGCAUGGCGGGCGCAUCUAUACGGCAGCUGAUGACGGCAAGGUCAAGGUGUGGAAUAAAGACUUGAAGUUGGAGACUGAGUUUCAGGCUCACGACUACGCCGUGUACCACCUGCUGGUACUGAAGGACAGACUCUUCACAGCCUCUAUUGACGCCACCAUCAAAGUCUGGAAGUUGGGCACCUUCGAGCUGGUGACGACCCUCACUGGGCACCAGGAACCCGUCAGGAGGCUUGCUACUAACGGAGACCGUCUCCUCUCGGGCGACGAAAAGGGCGACGUUAUCAUAUGGAACGGCGACAGUCUGGCCUCAGAGAACAGGUACGAGGUCGUCGAGGAAGUGUGGGACAUGGCAGCCUACGAUAGAUUCUUCUUUACCGUCAGAGACAGAGGGCUUUCUGUCACUGAAGUCAAAAGAGGCGAGACGAACCAGCACACGGUGGUGAAAUCAUUGCAAGGCCGAGCGCCUAUCUACCUGAGCAAGGAGCACCUCGUCUACAGCGAGUUUGGGGCCGGCUACGGUCUGCAUCUUCACAAGAACCUGCCUAACGACUUCCCGAAGAUCACAGACUUGAGGGGUCAUUCAAUGAUCAUCACUUGUCUUGGCGGGAACACAGUGAGCGGCAGCGAGAGGAUUGCAAGCAGCGGGUACGACAACAAAGUCAAUCUGUGGGAGCUGCCAGAGGGUAAACUCCUGGCGACGUACGAUGCCAGCGUAACUCCGUCCUGUCUGGCUGUGGCAGAUGAUGGCGCUGUGUACAUCGGUGGACCCGAUGGCUACUUGGCCAAACUUGUUGCUGCAUGAGCAGACAUCGAUGAUUACCACACUCGGAUGAAUUAUCGGAGUACUACUUACAAAAUAUGAGCUAAUAUUUGGAUGGUUACUACUAACAUGUUAGGUUAGUGAUAAUAGUGAUAAAUAUCAAAAUAGGGUUGAUUGUGAACAAAGGAGUAGAAAGGCAUCGCUUUUGAUUAAUGUCAAUAUCUGAGUUACAUAAACUAAGAUUAUAUGGCUUGAAUUAUGGUAAAAAAUAUUUCCUAAGCAAAGUGACACUUCGACAAAAAAAAAAAAGAAGCGAGUCUUUAGAUAUUUUUGUGGUUGUAUAAGAAACUGAGGCUGCCCAACUUUUACAUUUUUUGCAGAAACCAAACUUUCAACCGUUUAGUUGCUAUUAGGUUACAAAUGAUUCUAUUAUAUACAAAUCUCUUAUAAGAGACAAGUCAAUGGAACAUGACUAGUUCAGCUGAUGCUAUAGUCUACAGAUAGUUGGCCGUCCCUGGCUUCUGUGGAGUUCAGAUGAACUUGUGCUGAAAGCCUUAAUUUUAAAUCCAACGUCUUUGAUUUAUAAAAUUUAGUUCGAUGCUGAAAAUUCGACAGCAAUAAAUUUUA